AUGCUCGCUCCCGUCCUCCGGAGGCGCGUCUUCCAGCAGCGGACCGUCCUGCGGUACGCCGUGCCGUCGGCACUCGCCCGCUUCUAUGCCUCCUACCCGCCACACACUGUCGUCAAGAUGCCCGCCUUGUCGCCUACGAUGACGGCUGGCAACAUUGGCGCGUGGCAGAAGAAGCCCGGUGAUGCCAUCGCCCCUGGCGAUGUGCUCGUCGAGAUUGAGACCGACAAGGCCCAGAUGGACUUUGAGUACCAGGAGGAGGGUGUCCUCGCCAAGAUCCUGAAGCAGACGGGCGACAAGGACAUUGCCGUAGGCAACCCCAUUGCUGUUCUCGUCGAGGAAGGCGGUGAUGUCAGCGCCUUUGAGGGCUUCACCCUGGCAGAUGCUGGCGGUGAUGCCGCGCCCGCUGCUUCCGAGUCCAAGGAUGCUGCUCCUGCCGAGUCCGCCCCGACCCCUGCCCCGACACCAUCCGAGUCUGCCGCUCCCGCCGAGCCCGAGGACAACAGCUCUCCCGGCCGCCUUCAGACCGCGCUCGAGCGCGAACCCAACAUCGGUGCUGCCGCCAAGCGCCUUGCCAUUGAGAAGGGUGUGAAGCUGGAUGGCCUUAAGGGCUCGGGCCCGGGUGGCAAGAUCACUGAGUCCGACGUCCAGAAGGCCGUGUCCUCUGGCUCGUCUGCGCCCAGCGGUUCGGUUGCUGGCGCUGCUGGCGCUGCCUACGAGGACAUCCCUUUGUCUGGCAUGCGCAAGACCAUUGCCAACCGCCUGCUGGAGUCCUGGAACACCAACCCCCACUAUUUCGUCUCGGCCUCGCUGUCUGUGAGCAAGCUGCAGACGCUGCGCCAGGCCCUGAACAGCACUGCCGAUGGCCGCUACAAGCUGAGCGUCAACGACUUCCUGAUCAAGGCCAUUGGCGUCGCCUCCCGCAAGGUGCCCCAGGCCAACUCGUCGUGGCGCGAGGGUGCCAUCCGCCAGUUCAACACCGUUGACGUUUCCGUUGCCGUGGCCACGCCCAGCGGCCUGAUCACGCCGAUUGUCAAGUCCGUCGAGACCAAGGGCCUCGAGUCCAUCUCCAACGCUGUCAAGGAGCUCGCCAAGCGUGCUCGUGACGGCAAGCUCAAGCCUGAGGAGUACCAGGGCGGCAGCAUCUCCAUCUCCAACAUGGGCAUGAACCCCGCCGUCGAGCGCUUCACCGCCGUUGUCAACCCGCCGCAGGCUGCUAUCCUGGCCAUUGGCACCACCAAGAAGGUUGCCAUACCCUCCGAGAACGAGGACGGCUCCGUCGGUGUCGAGUGGGACGACCAGAUUGUCGUCACGGCCAGCUUUGACCACAAGGUCGUUGACGGUGCUGUCGGCGCUGAGUGGAUCCGCGAGCUGAAGCAGGCCGUCGAGAACCCGCUGGAGCUGCUGCUGUAA